UACACUACGGCUAAGUCUGAGGCGAAGUGUUAGCUUCCGGCUAAAUCCUGUUGAAGUAACUGUUUUAGUGUUGGAUUUUUUUUACUGCUAUUUUUUAUUUUAUAUCAAGAUUCAGAAAAUGGCAUUUCAGUACCCAGAUGUAUAUCGCGAUGAAGCUGUGGUGGACGAUUACCACGGACACAAGGUUCCUGACCCGUACAGCUGGCUGGAGGAUCCAGACAGUGAGAAAACAAAGGCGUUUGUGACUGCGCAGAACCAGCUGACGUUGCCCUUCCUGGAGGAAUGUCCAGUCAGAGAGGUCUUUAAAGAGCGAAUGACUGAGCUCUAUGAUUACCCCAAAUACAGCUGCCCCUUCAAACGGGGUAACAGGUAUUUUCACUUCUAUAACACGGGCUUACAGAACCAAAGCGUCCUCUACGUACAGGAGAACCUCGAGGCAGAACCCAAAGUGUUCCUCGAUCCCAAUACGUUCUCUGAUGAUGGAACAGUUGCGUUACAAGGUUACACCUUCUCAGAGGAUGGCGAGUAUCUGGCAUACGGUGUGAGUACGAGCGGUUCCGAUUGGGUGGAGAUCCGGUUCCUGCGUGUCGACGGGGCCGUGGCUUUAGAGGACAGGCUUGAGAGGGUGAAGUUUAGCUGCAUGGCCUGGACUCACGAUGGAAAAGGCCUCUUUUAUAACUUGUAUCCAGAGCAGGAGGGAAAGAGUGAUGGAACGGAGACCUCCACUAAUCUGAAUCAGAAGCUGUACUAUCACGUGUUGGGGACUCCACAGUCCCAGGAUGUGUUGUGUGCUGAGUUCCCUGACCAGCCCAAGUGGAUGUGUGGAGCUGAGGUUUCUGAUGAUGGACACUACGUGCUGCUGUCCAUCAGAGAAGGGUGUGACCCAGUGAACAGACUGUGGUACUGUGAGCUCAGCACCAUCUCAGACGGCAUCACAGGGUUGUUGCCGUGGGUGAAGCUGAUAGACAACUUUGAUGCCGAGUACGAAUACGUGACGAACGAGGGCUCUGUGUUUACUUUCAAAACCAACCUGGACGCUCCGCGCUACCGUCUCAUCGACGUGGAUUUCUCUCAGCCGGCUCCCAGUCAGUGGAAGGAGCUCAUCCCUCAGCAUGACAAAGACGUCCUCGUGUUUGCUACAUGCACGUACUCCAACUUCUUGUGCGUGUGUUAUCUCCAUGACGUGAAGAACGUGCUGAAGAUGUACCAGCUGGCGUCGGGGAAGGAGCUGAAGACCUUCCCGCUGGACGUGGGCUCCAUCGUGGGCUUCACUGGCCGAAAGAAGGACUCUGAGAUCUUCUACUACUUCACCUCCUUCCUUUCUCCAGCCAUCAUCUACCACUGCGACCUCACCAAAACUCCUCUACAGCCACACGUCUUCAGGCAGGUCCAAGUGAAAGGCUUUGACGCUACAGAGUACCAGACCACACAGGUGUUCUACCCCAGUAAAGAUGGCACUCAGAUCCCCAUGUUCAUAGUGCACAAGAAGGGCCUCCAGCUGGACGGCUCACACCCGGCCUUCCUCUACGGCUACGGAGGAUUCAAUAUCUCCAUCACACCCAGUUAUAGUGUUUCUAGGCUCAUCUUUGUGAGGCAUCUGGGGGGGGUUUUAGCUGUGGCCAACAUCAGAGGAGGAGGGGAGUACGGAGAGACGUGGCACAAAGGAGGAAUGUUGGAGAACAAGCAGAACUGUUUCACUGAUUUUCAGUGUGCAGCAGAGUAUCUGAUAUCGGCAGGCUACACCUCUGCUAAAAAACUCACCAUCAAUGGAGGCUCGAACGGAGGCCUGCUAGUGGGGGCAUGUGUGAAUCAGAGACCAGACCUGUUUGGCUGUGCAGUAGCUCAGGUCGGUGUGAUGGACAUGCUCAAGUUUCAUAAGUUCACCAUCGGCCAUGCGUGGACCACCGACUUUGGUUGUGCUGAGAUUAAGGAGCAGUUUAACUGGCUUAUCAAGUACUCUCCUCUGCACAAUAUCCGGAUCCCCGAAGGCGACAACGUGCAGUACCCAGCUGUGCUGUUGUUGACCGGUGACCAUGACGACCGUGUGGUGCCUCUGCAUUCUCUGAAGUACAUCGCCACCCUUCAGCACACGGUCGGUCCCUGGUCUGGCCAAUCAAACCCUCUUUUUAUCUAUGUGGACACGAAGUCUGGCCACGGGGCGGGAAAGCCCACCACUAAGGUGAUCCAGGAAGUGGCAGAUACCUACGCCUUCAUCGCCCGCUGCCUCCAUCUCCACUGGAUCAAUUAACACACGUACAUGAGCACACACACACACACACACACACACACAUUCAUUCAGCUGCUAAUUUCCUAGCUUCUUUCUGCUCCUCAAUCCUCUCUUUUUUAUUCCCCCUCUGUGUGUUUACUCUGUGGAUAAUUCAAUUGUGUAACAUUUCACACAUCGCUAAGCCUUAAUCAUCCUUUAUCUCUUUCUUUUCUUCCUUGUCACACACACACACACAUACACACACACACACACACUCAGUCACCAAGCAUGUUGUUGAUUUUUUUUUUAUAUUUUUCACUGGUGUUUUCUGCAACACUUUGUACAUACUGUUUUAUUUAUUAAUGGUCAAUACAAUUCAGCAAUUCUUCAAUUAAUGACUAACUGCAUAGUAUAUUUGUGUGUGUGUGUGUGUAUAUGUGUGUGUGUGUGUGUGUGUGUAUUAAGGUGUCAUAUACAGUGUAUAUAUAUAUAUAAUGUAUACUCACUGGCUGCUUCUACCUCCAAACUUAUGCAGAUUGAUUGUUUUUACCUUUUAAAGGGAAUUACAUGUCAGUGUAGCAUGGAAUAAAAAACUGGUGUAAUAAACGACGUGUUUGGGACAAA